AUGUGGUGUGUUCAAGUCUUCUGCUUAGUCUUCCUUGCUACUUCAUGCCUCCUCUGUUCUGCUGAAGGUGGUCCCUUUGGGAUGGUAAAGGUAAAGUCGAAAGGCGUUCAGAUCAAGCAUGCACCUCAAGCUAGCUCUUUGCACGAUCAGGUAAUUCAUCAUGCUAAAGAAGGUAUUGAGCACCAGAAAGAAUCAAAAAGCAUCCUUAAAUCGAGAAGAACGAGAGAGGCUCAUCGUCAAGCAGCUUUAUAUCAUAAGCAAGAGAGCCAAAAAGUCCAUCAACAAAUUGAGAAUAAAGUACCGUAUGGUGUAGAAGGCUUUCAAUUCCAUCAAACCGACGUAUCCAGAUAA